AUGGUCCCCGUGAAGAACCUUGGAGAGUUGCGGUGGUUCUCCGCGUGCUUUUACGAGAGAGACGUAGAGAGAAGGCUGUUGAUGAUUUCGCAGCAGAGGUUUGCCGAAGAGUUGGCUGCAGAGUACAGCAUUGAGUGGGGUAGGAGCGUGCCCUUGCCUGUGAGCGUUAAGCUCACCGACUUUGACGAGAACGAAGCGUGCGCUGAUGUCCCUUUUCGCGAGUCGGUAGGAUCCCUGAUGUGGUUGGCCACUCAAACAAGGCCGGACAUCGCGAACGCAGUACCAGCAGUAGCGCGGUAUGGUGCAUCUCCCAAGAUGGUGCACUGGAAGGCAGCACUCGGUAUUUUAGGACCGAAGAUCGGUGUCAGGAGGGCUAGUGAUGUGUGGGGGAGGGUGUGUGACUUGNCAGCAGUAGCGCGGUAUGGUGCAUCUCCCAAGAUGGUGCACUGGAAGGCAGCACUCGGUAUUUUAGGGUACUUACGGAGGACGAGUUGGAUGGGGAUUACAUUUGAGAGGGGCGUGGUGACUGGGAUGAGCACAAGGGUGUUUGUGGAUGCCGACUAUGCAAGCAAGGCGGCAGACCGAAGAUCGGUGUCAGGAGGGCUAGUGAUGUGUGGGGGAGGGUGUGUGACUUGGUUUUCGAGGAUGCAGAAGUGCUUUUCGCUUUCCACCACGGAAUCAGAGUAUGUGGCAAUUGCCGAUGUCUCGAAGGAAGUGUUGUUCCUGAGGCAGGUGUGUCGUUUUAUGUUGCCAGAUGCAAGUAUGCCGUGCAUCCCGGUGUUCGAGGAUAAUCAGGGAGCGAUUAAGAUUGGGCACAACCCGAUCACAAACUCCAACUCGAAGCACAUCGAUGUACGGCAUCACUUUAUCAGGGAGCUGGUAUAG